UGGAUCAAAGGAUUGAGCCACCUCAGUGGUGAUUUAAUUUUAUUCUCUGAGAUGCCCACAUGUAGCCCUGGCAGCAUGAAGCAAAGACACUGACAGAGAAUUGCCCGGCACACUAACAUUGCAAGGAAGGAAAGAACUCCAAAAGAAUUCACUUUGUGCAUUUCGCACAACAAAGGAGGGAUUUUUUUUUUAAAAAAAAGAAAAACCGCAUGAAGAAGGAAAAGAGGAAAACCGGUUUAUGUGAUUAUAGGCAGAAAUUAUCGCAUUAAAGAGAGAAGUGACUAUGUUGCAAAGACACGCCGAUAUGAAAGGGUUGGCUAAAAGCACUGCAAGAUGAACACUCUGUGCCUUUAAACCACCAGGAUACCAACAUUCUCAUCCAUCUGGCACCUUCUCAGCCAAGCUGGCUAGCACCACCAUCCUCCCCCGGGGUGCACUGGCCAUGGGGGUAGCACGUGCCAUCCGUCGAUUCAGUACAGAUAUCCCUGACCCACUCCGCGAGGAAGAGGAAUCACAACUGACACAGGCGAUGAGGCCUACCCCCUACCGCAAUGGCAAAGUGCAUACGAAACCUACUCGCCAGCGCAGUCGAUUCGUCCAGAAAGAUGGACAUUGCAAUGUAGAAUUUAUCAAUCUCAGUGAGAAAAGCCAACGCUACCUAACGGACCUUUUUACCACAUGCGUUGACAUACGCUGGAGAUGGAUGUUCCUCAUUUUUUCCUUUACAUUUGUGGUCUCAUGGCUCAUUUUUGGUUUUACUUUCUGGUUAAUUGCCUCAUUGCAUGGGGACCUGGCACCACCACCCGAACCUGGCUCUGAGGAGGCACACAAUUCCCCCUGCUUUUUACAAGUCACUAGUUUUAUGGCCGCCUUCCUGUUUUCAUUAGAGACACAAACUUCUAUCGGCUACGGAUUCAGAAGCGUGACGGAGGAAUGCCCAAUGGCUGUGUUGACUGUGGUCCUCCAGUGUAUUGUGGGGUGUAUUAUUGAUGCCUUCAUCAUUGGAGCCAUCAUGGCAAAAAUAGCCAAACCCAAAAAGAGGAAUGAAACUCUUGUUUUCACGGAAAAUGCUGUGAUUGCAUUAAGAGAUGAGAAGCUAUGCCUCAUGUGGAGGGUCGCAAACCUUCGCAAGAGCCACUUGGUGGAAGCGCAUGUCCGAGCGCAGCUUCUUCAGCCUCGUGUCACCCCUGAAGGCGAGUACCUCCCUCUGGAUCACACUGAUAUCAAUGUUGGGUUUGACAGCGGCGUAGACAGAAUCUUCCUGGUGUCUCCGGUAACCAUUGUUCAUGAGAUUGAUGAAGAAUCCCCGCUAUAUGAGAUCGGCAAGGAUGAGUUGGAGGCAGCUAACUUUGAGUUGGUUGUAAUCCUUGAAGGCAUGGUGGAGGCCACAGCCAUGACCACACAAUGUCGAAGUUCUUACCUUCCCUCUGAGAUCUUGUGGGGAAGUCGCUUCGAGCCAGUACUCUUUGAGAAACGCAAUUAUUACGAGGUGGAUUACCUUCACUUUAACAGCACAUAUGAAGUACCCAGCAUGCCCACUUGCAGCGCGAAAGAACUUUCAGAGAGGAAAUAUGCGCUGGUGGGUCGCAGUUCUUUUUGUUACGAGAAUGAAGUUGCGCUGAACUGCAUUAGCGACGAAGAGUCCCCUACCCUUGUGAACACAAUGUUAUCCGUUCCUAAUAUGUCCCAUGAGCUUGGCAUGCUUGGAGUUCCUGAUCCCCUGGAGGAAAUAUUACUGACAUGAUCUUCUGCUUGAAGAACUGAAAUCUCAAUUAGAUGGGUUCUACUGACUAUCAACUUGAACUUCCAUCCAUUAAGAAGCAUUUCGCGCCCAAGACAAGUUAAAAAAGGGACUACGUGGAUUAAGCAACCAAUGAACCAAAAGAGUUUCCCAUGAACUGUUACUCUUCUACAUGAAGGUGGAGGAAUGUCAUUCAUUCAAUGAGAAGGACCUUCCUAAAACCAAAUGAUCUUGACAUCAAGAUUUUCUAUCUUUGGUUCUUUGCACAGGUUUCCUUUCUUUUUCUUUUGUUUGGUGGCUCAGGUAAACAAAAAGAUGGGUGUUCAUGAGUCACACAUACAGUACAGCACUGGUACGUUUUAUAUAAAUAUCGACUGAGAAAUAAAAGAUAUGCAAAUUGUAAUUUAAAUACUCCUAAAUAUGGCUAGAUGUUCUUGUCUAAUUGGGAGAGUAUUGUAACGACUUCCAUGAAGUGUAGCCUGAAAGUUGACCCGAAUAAGCUCAUGCUUCAAACCCGAAUGCCAUUAGAUUUCGUACAAAGCGUAAAACCCCUUUACCUUAUACUGUAUCUUCCCUAUACUUUGCUACUGCUAUAGACGGAAUAUUGAUUUCAACCCAUGUUUAAAGGGUUGCUUUGCGUAAAAGAGGGUUUUACUGUGUGUUUCUUACAAUCUCAAUCCAUUUUUUUUUUUUCCGUUUAUGAUGCAGAGUAAAGAUGUAUUGAUUAGAGAUUUACCCGACUAUAUAAGCAGUCCGUAGCAAGUGGAAACAGAUGUAAAACUGACCUGAAAGCGAAGUUCAUACAAAGAAGGUUAUUUGAGCUUAAUUAGGUUUGGUGGAGUAGGUUUUUACAGCAGGUUUGCUUUCUUGUAAAUGUCAUCAGUAUGAAUAAUAGAAACCAGGAAGAGGUACUGUAUAUUUUCAUAGUCGUUUCCCUUUCUCAUGACAUAAAUCAAUGAAAUCAAAGUAGGGCCCUGCAGCGACUUUCCCCAAAAGAGCUAAGUGAGGUGCACGGAAAACCCAACAGUCUGCAAUAUAAAUGGAAAAGCCUAGAAGCUGCAGAAUAUACAAGAUUCCUCAAGUAUUAAACAGCAGCGUCAAAUAGGGGUCACUUUCCCGGAUCCACAAAUGAUUUUAUCUUAAAGUGCCAAAUAUGAAUAUCUGCAGAGUUCGUUCUACAGAGGGGAUAUUAUGCUCAAACUCUUUUGGUAAAAAGCUGCAGGGCUCUUACACUUUACUGUAAUGUAGGGGUGAGUCCAUCAUUAUUGGAUUUGGCUGGUUAAGAUUGGGGCCAAUCCAAAAUAUGCUGUAGAAACAAACCAUAAUUUGAAUAUUCCAAUGAUCAAUUAUGAACAGAACAUCGUCGCAUUCAGUUUUCGAGAGCUUUACGUGACUUUUAAGGGUUCAGGUUUCGUUUGGAUAAUCAUUUAAAGGGAUACUGUCAUGGAAAAAUGUUUUUUUUUUUAAAUGAAUCAGUUAAUAGUGCUGCUCCAGCA